AUGGACUUGGAUAAAUGGGCCCAAACCGGAUGGAAAAUAGAGCAGAAGUAUGCAAACAAAGUGCUGUUAGGCAACUGGGCAGAAGAAAGACUUCAGUUCACUCGAGAGCCAAAGACAUCCAACAGCACCAAUCGUGUAGACUACCGGCCCCACUGGGACUUCAAGCCAGACGACUUUGAGAGAAGAUCUGCCCUGCUGAGAGCUGAGGGACUUCCAUCCAAGCUGCUCUUUGCCCACCAUAGCACACCAUCCUCUCAUUAUUUGGUCACACAUUAUGAAGAGAGCUAUGGGUGUAAGCACAUCAAUGCUUCACCCACUCAGCGACCCUGGCAUCGAGACAGCUUGACAUUGCAGCCUGAGAGGUCUGACCAUUCAAUUUCUGCCCUUCCAACCAACUUUGGCCCACUGCAGUCCACAAAGCGCCGUUUGGAAAAGCAGCAGUCACACCUCCCAUCACUGACUGUGUACAGGUCAGCGUACCAAAGGCACCCACUUAGUGCCUUCUGCCAGAGCCACUUUGCCAGGACUUCACGCAUACUCUCCAGCCACCUCCAUGCAGCCAAUCACAACAACAAGGACCUGGAUCUGAGACACCGCUCGCUGCUACAAGUCCCAGACCAUUGUUUCAGUUUACUUCCACCAUCAGAACAGGCACAGAGAGAACACUGUGCCUCACAUGCUGCUUGUUAA